UCCAGCGUCCAGCCCCUCUAAGCCCAGUAACAAGGCCCUGCUGGGCCGCAGCUAAAGCCUCCAGCAGAGCAAACAAUGGAGCAGGGCUUUACAUGGGGCUGGAGCAAACUGCUGACUGUCCACUAGUGCUAAUACACCCCUAUUCUGUCCUGUCUCGCUGCUGUCGCCUCUCCCUCACACACACAUACAUCCAUCUCUCACUCUAUGGUGGUUUGCGGCGGAAAAAGAAAGUUCAGUGGUCCAUAUGUUGAUAUGUACACACACUGAUGAGACAGUCCCUCUCUUCUUCUGUCUGUCUGUCGUUCUGUUGAUCCCUCCCCUCCUCUCUGUACCCUCCAUCCAUCCAUCCAUCCAUCCAUCCAUCCAUCCAUCCCUCCCAACCCCAGGACCCCUCCACCCUCUGUCUCUCUUGCUUUCUUUCUAUUUCCAUGCUGACAGUGUAGCUCGGUCUCCCGUGGGCCCAAACAGUCAAAGCGACCCCCAGAUCGCCUCAGACACCCACCUGGCUCCCCACAGCUCUGCCGCCCAGCUCUCCCAGCCUCACGGCCCGCGUGUGGGCCGCUCCAUCGGUGUGUUUCCUCCGUCGACUUCCUGCCGCGGACCAUGUGUGAGUGUCUGCGUGGAAUAUUCAGAGUCACCUGGACGCCUUCCUCCAAUGCAGACUCUGACAGAGACCAAGAGGACAGCCAUGUUUUCAGCCAGACCAGAGAUCCAGCCGUAAAAGACAAGAGGCGGUCGCCCCCCUCGAACAGAUCCCCCUCUGCCCCACAACGCAACCCUCACCACAGCGGCUCCACAGACGAACAGGAGAGUCCCGAGAGAGUGGUGCAGAAGGAGAAGCUCCAUGCAGAGCUGAAGCAGGUGUUGAGUCAGAAGAGAAGUCACCUGAGAGAGUCGACCUGCCAACUGGCCCAACCAGAGAUGGACUCAGAACCCACAGAAGAACAGACGUGUGUGGAGGAAACGUCUAAAAUCAUGGAAAUCGUGGUGGAGACGGAGGCGGAGGCUGGAGCCAGCGGCUACAGUGUGACGGGUGGAGGACAGCGAGGCAUCUUCGUUAAAGAUGUGCUCAAAGACUCACCUGCUGCUAAACACCUCAGUCUACAGGAAGGUGACCAGCUGCUGAGUGCCAAGGUCUACUUCGACAAUGUCAAGUAUGAAGACGCUCUGAAGAUCCUUCAGUGUGCCGAGCCUUACAAGGUCAGCUUCCAACUGAAGAGGACCAUCCCUGGAGCGGAGGUCAGCGUGAGGCCUCGAGUUCCCAGUUUGGAGGUCAAAGGUCCCAAAGCCAAGAUAUCCAAAAUGAGUGUGAAGGGCAGCAAGCCGUUCAAAGUCAAGAAGAAGAGAGGUGGACGUUUUGGUCUGAAGAGGCUGAAAGAGAAGCGCAGAGAGGAGCUGGUGGUCGAGGGAACGCCCCCCAGACUGGAGAUGAGUGACGUGGACGUGGAGUUUUCUCUCCCUAAAUUCAAACAGAGUCGGAACGUGAAGGUCGAAGCAGGAGGUGCAGAAGGAGCAGCAGCCGCGGGGAAGGCAAAGAGGAGGAUCAGGUUUCCCCACAUGAAAACAAAGGCUUACACUGGAGCAGAGACCGGAGGAAAAGUGGAAACAGGACGACUCGAGGGACAAGUGAAUAUCUCUGCACCCGAGGUAUCUGGAGCUAAAGUGAAAACCAAAGGAAAAGGACACAAGUUUGGAAUCACCUUUCCUAAGAGCAAACACACAAAGUCAGGCUCGGCUUUGGAAACUGGAUCUCUGGAGCUGAAGCCCCCUGGUAUAAACAUCCAGCCACCGUCAGUGGAGUUCAGUUGUUCUGGUGAUAAAGACAUGGAUACAGAAAAGGGAGGGGUGAAGAUUAAUGCACCUGAUGUGGAGUUUGCACUCCCUUCAGGAAAAGCUGAGGCAUCUGUGCCUGCUGUAAAGGGAAAAGCUCCUAACAUUGACAUCAAAGGAGGGGUUGAGGCAGACGCAGCUGUGGGAAAAGUUGAUGUAGACGUGGGCAAAGGAGAUGCAAAACUAAGGAUGCCAAAGUUAAAACUGCCCAAAGUGAGACUCUCACGUCAUUCGGAUGAGAUAGAUGGUGAAAUCAAGGUAAAAGCCAAAGGGAUGAAAGUGCCUGAUGCUAAUGUAACACCUCCAAAAGUAGAAAUAAAAGGAGGUGGUGAGGUUUGCCUCCCUGAAGCAAAUAUCCCAAAACCAAAGAUUGAAGGAGAUCUCUCAGGAAAGGCUGCCUCUUUUCAAAUGCCUUCUGUUGAUAUCUCUUUACCAAAAGUGAAGGGAAACUCUGACAUCGACGUCUCUGGGAAGACAGCAAUCAAAAUGCCAGCCAUUGACAUCUCUGUUCCUGAUGUCGAUUUGGAAUUGGACACCGGACGCAGAAUUCCUGACGAAGUGGAGGGCACUUUCAAAGGGCCCAAAAUCUCCAUGCCAAAGGUUGAUGUCUCAUUACCAAAGAUGGAAUCAUCCAGUGUUGAUAUUGAGGGUCCAGAAGGUGGAGGGAAAUUCAGUUUACCCUCUGUUGACAUCUCUCUCCCAAAGGUGAAACCAGGGGUUGCAGAUGUGGAUAUGGACUAUUACAUUGGGGGAGAUGGAAAGUUCAAAAUGCCCAAUUUUGAUAUAACUUUACCAAAAUUUAAGUCGACAGAAGGAGAGGUAGAUAUAGAAGGACAGGAGGUGGAAGGGGGCUUCAAGUUACCCAAAGUAGACCUGACCCUUCCCAAAGGCAAAGCAGGAACAACUGAUGUUGAAGGAGAAGGAAAAUUUCAGCUACCAUCAUUUGACAUCUCCCUACCUGAAAUGAAGACAGGUGACAAGAAAGUCGACAUCAAAGGCCCCGAAGUAAAAGGUGGAAAAAUUGAAAUGCCCACACUCGAUAUUUCUCUGCCCAAAGGCAAAAUGGAAGGAGACAUUGGAGUAGAAGGUCAGGCUGGGAAGGGUGGAAAAUUCAAAAUGCCAUCACUUGAUGUUAGACUACCCAAAAUGGGGACAUCUGAGGUUGACAUUGACUUAGAAGGACCUGAGAUUAAGGGAGGGGACAUUGAGGUGCCAUCAGUAGACAUUUCUCUACCAAAAGGUAAAUCGAAGGGUGAGGUUGACAUCAAGGGAAAAGGAGGAAGGUUUAAAAUGCCUUCUUACAAUAUAUCUCUUCCAAAAAUGAAGUCACCUGAAGGAGAGGUUGUUUUAGAGGGACCUGAAAUCAAAGGCGGAAAGAUCACGAUGCCUACUGUCGAUGUCUCUCUUCCCCAAGGAAACAUAGAAGGAGAUCUGAACAUUGAUGGCAGUGCAGUGAAAGGAGGCAUGCCCUCUUUAGACAUUUCUCUCCCAAAAAUGAAGCUACCUGAAGGAGACGUGAAGCUAGAAUGCCCUGAACUUCCAAACGUUGACUUUUCGCUUCCAAAGGCAAACGUCCAAGGCAACAUGGAAAUCGAGGGCAGUGGCGAUGGCAAAGGCAAGUUCAAGAUGCCAACUUUUGACGUCUCACUCCCAAAGAUGAAAACCAAAGAGGCAGAGAUCGAUAUUGAGGGACCUGAGGUCAAAGGAGGAGCAAAGUUCAACAUGCCGUCACUCGACAUCUCUCUUCCUGCUAUGAAGUCACCAGAGGGUGAAGUAGAGAUCCAACUUCCAGAGGCCAAAGGAGGAAAGUUCCAGAUGCCUUCAUUAGAUGUGUCACUACCAAAGAUCAAAUCACAGGGAGGUGAUAUUAACAUCGAAGGUCCUGAGUUUAAGGUUGAUACACCAGAGGGAGAUUUAGACCUGCAGGGAGGUAAGAUUAAAGGAGGGAAAAUGAAUAUGCCCACAGCUGAUGUAUCUCUUCCAACAGGAAAAGCAGAGGGCAAGAUCGAUAUUAAAGGUACCACAGGAAAAGGAGGCAAGUUUAAGAUGCCUACAUUUGAUGUAUCGCUGCCAAAAAUGAAGAUGUCUGAGGGAAAUAUUAGCCUAGAGGGACCCUCGGCUGAUGUCUCUCUUCCAAGUGGGAAAAUAGAGGGCGACAUUGAAGCCAAAGGUAAAGGAGGACAUUUUCAAAUGCCGUCCAUUGAUGUUUCUCUCCCUAAAAUAAAGUCAAAGCGAGGUGACAUCAACAUCGAGGGGCCAGAAAUCAAAGGUGGGGAAAUUAAAAUGCCAACUAUCGACAUCUCACCCCCCAAAGGAACAUUAGAAACUGAUAUCACUGUCGAAGGAGAUGGACGAGGAGGUAAAUUCGACUUGCCAUCUGUAGACAUCCUCCUCCCUGCAGUAGAAUUACCUGAGGGAGAUGUGAAUUUUCAAGGGCCGAAAGUCAAAGGUGGCAAGUUUGAAAUGCCAAAAAUCGACCUCUCCCUUCCUAAAGGAAAGGGGACAAAAGGAGACAUUGAUAUUGACAUUCACUCGGGAAAGGAUGGGAAUAUUGAAAUACCAUCCUACAAUAUUGGACUUCCUAAAGGAAAAGUCAAAGGUGACAUAAAUGUUGAAGGUCCCAAAGGGGGGAAAGUUAAAUUCAAAAUGCCCAAAUUUUCACUUCCAAAGAUGAACCUUCCAGAGGGCGAUGUCAAAGUCAAAGGAGCAGAGAUGAAAGGAAAAAUGGUUGAUAUUUCACUUCCAGAAGCAAAAGGUGAAGUAGGAAUAAACACUGAAGGUCCAGAGGGUAAAUUACCAAAAGUCAGUUUUCCAGAAGGUGAUGUCAAAUUAAAAGGGCCAGAGAUUAAGAGCAGGAAGAUUGAGAUGCCAGACAUUGAUAUCUCGCUCCCCAAAGGAAAAGCAGGAGGAGAUAUUGAAAUUGAAGGACAUGCAGGAAAAGGAGGAAAGUUCCACAUGCCCUCACUUGAUAUCUCUCUUCCAAAGAUUAAAGCUAAGGGACCAGAGGUCAACAUAGAACGUCCUGAACUUAAGGGAGGAAACAUCAACAUGCCAGACAUUGACCUUUCACUCCCAAAAGGAAAGGUUGAUGCUGACCUCAGUAUUGAGGGUCCUGAGGUAAAGGGAGGCAAAUUCAAAAUGCCCAAAUUUGAUGUGUCACUACCAAAGAUGAACCUACCAGAAGGAAAUGUGGAUAUUUCACUCCCAAAAGGGAAGGUAAAAGGAGAUGUUGAACUUGAGGGAGAUGUGGGUAAAGGUGGAAAGUUUCAUAUGCCCUCGUUUGAUAUCUCUCUUCCAAAAAUGACAGCAAAGGGAGUUGAUGUUGAUAUUGAAGGACCUGAGCUGAAAGGUGACAUGUCACUCCCAAAAGUUCAUUGUCCAGAGGUAGAUAUCAGCCUCCAGGGUCCAGAUGUUGAAGGAGCACAGUUUAACUUGCCAACUGUUGACAUGUCACUCCCUAAAGGAAAAAUUGAGGGUGACCUAAAUGUUGAAGGCCCUGACAUAAAAGGAGGCAAAUUUAAGAUGCCGAAAUUUGAUGUGUCAUUGCCCAAAGUGAGUCUUCCAGGGGGUGAUGUCGAAAUUAAAGGGCCAGACAUGAAGGGAGGGAAGGUUGACAUGCCAGACAUUGAUAUUUCACUCCCCAAAGGAAAAGUUGAGGGUGAUCUAAAUGUUGAAGGCCCUGACAUAAAAGGAGGUAAAUUUAAGAUGCCGAAAUUUGAUGUGUCAUUGCCCAAAGUGAGUCUUCCAGGGGGUGAUGUCGAAAUUAAAGGGCCAGACAUGAAGGGAGGGAAGGUUGAAAUGCCAGAUAUUGAUAUUUCACUGCCCAAAGGAAAAGUUGAGGGUGACAUUAAUGUUGGCCCUGAGUUGAAAGGAGGGAAAUUCAAAAUGCCCAAAUUUGAUGUUUCUCUACCAAAAGCAGGAGGAAAAAUUGAAGUUGAAGGACAUGCUGGCAAAGGAGGAAAGUUCCAUAUGCCCUCACUUGAUAUCUCUCUGCCUAAAAUGAAAGCUAAGGGACCAGAGGUAAAUAUCGAAGGCCCUGACCUUAAAGGUGGAAAGCUAAACAUGCCAUCAUUGGAUGUCUCUCUGCCCAAAAUAAAAUCUCCCGAUGUCGAUAUCAACCUUGAAGGUCCUGAUGUUGAAGGAGGAAAGGUGAAGAUCCCAACUGUUGAUAUUUCACUUCCCAAAGGAAAACUUGAGGGUGACAUUAAGGUUGAAGGCCCUGAGUUGAAAGGAGGGAAAUUCAAAAUGCCCAAAUUUGAUGUUUCUCUACCAAAAGUGAAUCUCCCAAAGUUUGAUGCCGAUGUGGAAGGACCGGACAUGAAAGGAAAAAUUGAAAUGCCAUCAGUUGAUAUUUCACUCCCCAAAGGAAAAGUUGAGGGUGAUCUUGAUGUUGAAGGCCUUGGGGUGAAAGGAGGGAAAUUCAAAAUGCCCAAAUUUGACGUCUCACUUCCAAAGAUGAACCUGCCAGAGGGCAAUGUGGAAUUGCCAACAGCUGAUAUUUCACUGCCACAAGGGGAGGUAAAGGGGCUUGAUGUUGAUAUUGAAGGACCUGAACUUAAAGGUGACAUGUCACUCCCUAAAGGAGAAGUUGAGGGUAACCUAAAUGUUGAAGGCCCUGACAUGAAAGGAGGAAAAUUUAAGAUGCCAAGAUUUGAUGUCUCAUUGCCAAAAGUGAAUCUUCCAGAGGGUGAUGUCAAAAUAAAAGGCCCAGACAUCAAGGGAAGGAAGAUCGAAAUGCCAGAUAUUGAUCUUUCACUCCCUAAAGGAAAAGCAGGAGGAAAAAUUGAAGUUGAAGGACAUGCUGGCAAAGGAGGAAAGUUCCAUAUGCCAUCUCUUGAUAUCUCUUUUCCAAAAAUGAAAGCUAAGGGACCGGAGGUAAAUAUUGAAGGCCCAGAUGUUAAAGGUGGAAAUCUAAAAAUGCCAUCACUUGAUGUUUCCAUGCCCAAAAUACAAACUCCCGAUGUUGAUUUCAACCUUGAGGGUCCUGACGUCGAAGGAGGAAAAGUGAAGAUCCCAACUGUUGAUAUUUCACUUCCCAAAGGAAAAGUUGGGGGUGACAUUAAUGUUGAAGGCACUGAAGUGAAAGGAGGGAACUUUAAAAUGCCCAAAUUUGAUGUUUCUCUACCAAAAGUGAGUCUCCCAAAGUUUGACGGCAAUGUGGAAGGUCCAGAUAUGAAAGGAAAAAUUGAGACACCAACAGUUGAUAUUUCCCUUCCAAAAGGAAAGGCUGAUGUGGAUAUUGACAUUGAUGGACACAGUAAAGGAGGCAAGUUUCACAUGCCCUCACUCAAUAUCUCUCUUCCUAAAAUCAAAGCAAAGGGAAUUGAUGUUAAUAUUAAAGGACCUGAACUUAAAGGUGACAUGUCACUCCCUAAAGGAGAAAUUGAGGGUGAUCUAAAUGUUGAAGGCCCUGACAUGAAAGGGGGCAAAUUCAAAAUGCCGAAAUUUGAUGUCUCAUUGCCAAAAGUGAGUCUCCCAGAGGGCGAUCUCAAAAUAAAAGGGCCAGGCAUCAUGGGAGGGAAGACUGAAAUGCCAGAUAUUGAUAUUUCACUCCCCAAAGGAAAAGCAGGAGGAAAAAUUGAAGUUGAAGGACAUGCUGGCAAAGGAGGAAAGUUCCAUAUGCCCUCACUUGAUAUCUCUCUGCCUAAAAUGAAAGCUAAGGGACCGGAGGUAAAUAUCGAAGGCCCUGACAUUAAAGGUGGAACACUAAACAUGCCGUCAUUGGAUGUUUCUCUGCCCAAAAUAAAAUCUCCCGAUGUCGAUAUCAACCUUGAAGGUCCUGAUGUUGAAGGAGGAAAGGUGAAGAUCCCAACUGUUGACAUUUCACUUCCAAAAGGAAAAGUUGAGGGUGAUUUUGACGUUGAAGGCCCUGAGUUGAAAGGAGGGAAAUUCAAAAUGCCCAAAUUUGAUGUUUCUCUACCAAAAGUGAGUCUUCCAAAGUUUGAUGCCGAUGUGGAAGGACCAGAUAUGAAAGGAAAAAUUGAAAUGCCAACAGUGGACAUUUCACUCCCCAAAGGAAAGGUUGAGGGUGAUCUUGAUGUUGAAGGCCCCGAGUUGAAAGGAGGGAAAUUCAAAAUGCCCAAAUUUGAUGUUUCUCUACCAAAAGUGAGUCUUCCAAAGUUUGAUGCCGAUGUGGAAGGACCAGAUAUGAAAGGAAAAAUUGAAAUGCCAACAGUGGACAUUUCACUCCCCAAAGGAAAGGUUGAGGGUGAUCUUGAUGUUGAAGGCCCCGAGUUGAAAGGAGGGAAAUUCAAAAUGCCCAAAUUUGAUGUUUCUCUACCAAAAGUGAGUCUUCCAAAGUUUGAUGCCAAUGUGGAAGGACCAGAUAUGAAAGGAAAAAUUGAAAUGCCAACAGUGGACAUUUCACUCCCCAAAGGAAAGGUUGAGGGUGAUCUUGAUGUUGAAGGCCCUGAGUUGAAAGGAGGAAAAUUCAAAAUGCCCAAAUUUGAUGUCUCAUUGCCAAAAGUGAAUCUUCCAGAGGGUGAUGUCAAAAUAAAAGGGCCAGACAUCAAAGGAGGAAAGAUUGAGAUGCCAGACAUUGAUAUUUCACUACCCAAAGGAAAAGCAGGAGGAGGAAUUGAAGUUGAAGGACAUGCUGGAAAAGGAGGAAAGUUCCACAUGCCCUCACUUGAUAUCUCUCUUCCAAAGAUUAAAGCUAAGGGACCAGAGGUCAACAUAGAAGGUCCUGAACUUAAAGGUGGAAAAAUUAAUAUGCCGGACAUCGACCUUUCACUCCCAAAAGGAAAGGCUGAUGCUGAUCUCAGUAUUGAGGGUCCUGAGGUAAAGGGAGGCAAAUUCAAAAUGCCCAAAUUUGAUGUGUCACUUCCAAAGAUGAACCUACCAGAAGGAAAUGUCAGAGUGGAAGGACCAGAGAUGAAGGGAGGAAAGAUUGCAAUGCCAGCUGUUGACAUUUCAGUUCCUGCAGGAAAAGUGGAGGGAGAUAUCAAUAUUGAAGGACCUUCUGGAAAGGCAAUUGAAGUACCAAAAGUUGACCUAUCUGGUAAAAAGGGUGGAGGACUCCACAUGCCAACUCUUGACAUAAAUCUCCCCAAAUUUGAUCUCGACCUAAGCCUUCCCUCUGGUCUGAAAGACAAAAGCCUAAAAGUGGACACCAGUGGUCCUGACGCAUCAGGAGGUUUGGAGAUGUCUGGUCUCAAAGGAGAUAUAAAUCCAGCCAAGUUGAAAGUCAAGGGUGCAGACAUCGAGACAGGUAGUGUAGAGGGUCCAGGUGCAUCCAUCAAACUUCCCAGCGUCAAACUACCAACAGUUGACAUCUCAGCUCCGAAAGUAGAUUUAGACUUUGGUCUCACCAAACCUAAAAGUGAUGAUGUGGAAGUAGAGCUUCUGAAAGCAGAGGGAGGCAGACCUUCAUCAGGGGGCAGCUUUGAUCUGCCAGAUCUCUCCCUCAAAGUUCCCAGUUUCACACUUCCCAGGUUUGGUGCCAAGUCCAAGAGUGGUGACGUGCAGAUAUCAGGAAAAGGACCCAAAGGAGACAUUUCCCUCAGCCCACCACAUGUUGAAGGAGAGAUUAGGGCACCAUCUGUAGAGUUUGAUGGCGACGGAAAGGUUAAGGUGAAAAAAUCUAAACUCAAACUGCCCUCAUUUGGUUUGUCCAAAAAGAAUACAGAUGUGUCCAUAUCUUGUCCUGAUGUAGAUGUUAAAAUGAAAAAGGGCAAUAUUGACAUUCCUAAAGCAAAAAUCAAUGUUGAAACCCCAGACAAUAAACUAAAAUACAAAGGGAAAUUCCCCAAGUUUAAAAUAUCAUCACCGAAAGGUCAACUCCCAGAGGGAGGGGUUGAUGCUAAACUGGAGGCAGAUGUGGAAGGAAAAGGUGGCUUCCAUGCACCUGAUGUCACUAUCAAACUACCAAAAUUCUCCAUGCCAGGAUUUGGCUCUAAAGAAAAAGAUUUAGCUAAGCCAAGUGGUUAUGUUGACGCUAAGACCACAGUCAAAAUGCCCUCUGUCGAGCUCUCACUACCAGCAGCUAAAACACCAGAGACUGAGGUUCUUCUACCCAAAGCAGAGGUUGAUGUCUCAGAGGCUGAUAUCAGAGGUUAUGAUGGAAGCCUCAAAAUUCCCAAAAUGCCAACGAUUGAUGUUUCCGUCCCAAAAAUAGACCUGGAUGUGUCCCUGCCAAAAGUAAAACACGGUGCAAAGGUUGAUGGAGAUAGAGGUAAAUUCAAUACGCCAGAUAUCAAAUUGCCAAACAUUGACAUAUCGCUGCCUAAAGGAAAAAUUGAGGGUUCUGAGGUCGAGCUUAGAGGCGAAGGUGGAAAAUUUAAGAUGCCAAAUCUCAGCAUGCCCUCUGUCGAUAUUUCACUUCCAAAAGGAAAGAUUGAAGGUCCAGAUGUUGAACUAGAGGGAGGAACCGGAGGAAAGUUCAAAAUGCCUCAUAUGAAAAUGCCAAAUCUUGAUAUCUCUCUGCCCAAAGGAAAGAUGGAGGGUCCAGAUGUUGAAAUAGAGGGAGGCUCAGGAGGAAAGUUCAAAAUGCCUCACAUGAAAAUGCCAAAUGUUGACAUCUCCUUGCCCAAAGGAAAGAUGGAGAGUCCAGAUGUUGAAGUGGAGGCAGAUACCGGAGGAAAGUUCAAAAUGCCUCACAUGAAAAUGCCAAAUGUUGACAUCUCCCUGCCCAAAGGAAAGAUGGAGGGUCCAGAGGUGGAGCUCAAAGGAGAAGGUGGAAAAUUCAAGAUGCCACAUGUCAGCAUGCCCUCUGUUGAUAUUUCACUUCCUAAAGGAAAGGUUGAAGGUCCAGAUGUUGAAAUAGAGGGAGGUACCGGAGGAAAAUUCAAAAUGCCUCACAUGAAAAUGCCAAAUGUUGACAUCUCCCUGCCCAAAGGAAAGCUGGAGGGUCCAGAGGUGGAGCUCAAAGGGGAAGGUGGAAAAUUCAAGAUGCCACAAAUCAGCAUGCCCUCUUUAGAUAUUUCAAUGCCAAAAGGAAAGAUUGAAGGCCCAGAUGUUGAAAUGGAAGGAGGUACCGGAGGAAAAUUCAAAAUGCCUCAUAUGAAAAUGCCAAAUGUUGACAUCUCCUUGCCCAAAGGAAAGAUGGAGAGUCCAGAUGUUGAAGUGGAGGCAGGUACCAGAGGAAAAUUCAAAAUGCCUCACAUGAAAAUGCCAAAUGUUGACAUCUCCCUGCCCAAAGGAAAGAUGGAGGGUCCAGAGGUGGAGCUCAAAGGAGAAGGUGGAAAAUUCAAGAUGCCACAUGUCAGCAUGCCCUCUGUUGAUAUUUCACUUCCUAAAGGAAAGAUUGAAGGUCCAGAUGUUGAAAUAGAGGGAGGUACCGGUGGAAAAUUCAAAAUGCCUCACAUGAAAAUGCCAAAUGUUGACAUCUCCCUGCCCAAAGGAAAGAUGGAGGGUCCAGAGGUUGAACUUAAAGGGGAAGGCGGAAAAUUCAAGAUGCCACAAAUCAGCAUGCCCUCUUUAGAUAUUUCAAUGCCAAAAGGAAAGAUUGAAGGCCCAGAUGUUGACAUAGAGGGAGGUACCAGAGGAAAAUUCAAAAUGCCUCACAUGAAAAUGCCAAAUGUUGACAUCUCCUUGCCCAAAGGAAAGAUGGAGGGUCCAGAGGUGGAGCUCAAAGGAGACGGUGGAAAAUUCAAGAUGCCACAUGUCAGCAUGCCCUCUGUUGAUAUUUCACUUCCUAAAGGAAAGAUUGAAGGUCCAGAUGUUGAAAUAGAGGGAGGUACCGGAGGAAAAUUCAAAAUGCCUCACAUGAAAAUGCCAAAUGUUGACAUCUCCUUGCCCAAAGGAAAGAUGGAGGGUCCAGAGGUGGAGCUCAAAGGAGACGGUGGAAAAUUCAAGAUGCCACAUGUCAGCAUGCCCUCUGUUGAUAUUUCACUUCCUAAAGGAAAGAUUGAAGGUCCAGAUGUUGAAAUAGAGGGAGGUACCGGAGGAAAAUUCAAAAUGCCUCACAUGAAAAUGCCAAAUGUUGACAUCUCCUUGCCCAAAGGAAAGAUGGAGGGUCCAGAGGUGGAGCUUAAAGGGGAAGGCGGCAAAUUCAAGAUGCCACAAAUCAGCAUGCCCACGUUAGAUAUUUCAAUGCCAAAAGGAAAGAUUGAAGGCUCAGAUGUUGAAAUAGAAGGAGGUACCGGAGGAAAAUUUAAAAUGCCUCACAUGAAAAUGCCAAAUGUUGACAUCUCCCUGCCCAAAGGAAAGAUGGAGGGUCCAGAGGUGGAGCUCAAAGGAGAAGGUGGAAAAUUCAAGCUGCCACAUGUCAGCAUGCCCUCUGUUGAUAUUUCACUUCCUAAAGGAAAGGUUGAAGGUCCAGAUGUUGAAAUUGAGGGAGGCUCAGGAGGAAAGUUCAAAAUGCCUCACAUGAAAAUGCCAAAUGUUGACAUUUCUCUGCCCAAAGGAAAGGUUGAAGGUCCAGAUGUUGAAGUGGAGGCAAGUACCGGGGGAAAGUUCAAAAUGCCUCACAUGAAAAUACCAAAUGCUGACAUCUCCCUGCCCAAAGGAAAGAUGGAGGGUCCCGAGGUGGAGCUCAAAGGGGAAGGUGGAAAAUUCAAGAUGCCACAUGUCAGCAUGCCCUCUGUUGAUAUCUCACUUCCUAAAGGAAAGGUUGAAGGUCCAGAUGUUGAAAUAGAGGGAAGCUCAGGAGGAAAGUUCAAAAUGCCUCACAUGAAAAUGCCAAAUGUUGACAUCUCCCUGCCCAAAGGAAAGAUGGAGGGUCCAGAGGUCGAGCUCAAAGGCGAAGGUGGCAAAUUUAAGAUGCCACAUGUCAGCAUGCCCUCUGUUGAUAUUUCACUUCCUAAAGGAAAGGUUGAAGGUCCAGAUGUUGAAAUUGAGGGAGGCUCAGGAGGAAAGUUCAAAAUGCCUCACAUGAAAAUGCCAAAUGUUGACAUUUCUCUGCCCAAAGGAAAGGUUGAAGGUCCAGAUGUUGAAGUGGAGGCAGGUACCGGGGGAAAGUUCAAAAUGCCUCACAUGAAAAUACCAAAUGUUGACAUCUCCCUGCCCAAAGGAAAGAUGGAGGGUCCCGAGGUGGAGCUCAAAGGGGAAGGUGGAAAAUUCAAGAUGCCACAUGUCAGCAUGCCCUCUGUUGAUAUCUCACUUCCUAAAGGAAAGGUUGAAGGUCCAGAUGUUGAAAUAGAGGGAAGCUCAGGAGGAAAGUUCAAAAUGCCUCACAUGAAAAUGCCAAAUGUUGACAUCUCCCUGCCCAAAGGAAAGAUGGAGGGUCCAGAGGUCGAGCUCAAAGGCGAAGGUGGCAAAUUUAAGAUGCCACAUGUCAGCAUGCCCUCUGUUGAUAUUUCACUUCCUAAAGGAAAGGCUGAAGGUCCAGAUGUUGAAAUAGAGGGAGAUACCGGAGGAAAGUUCAAAGUGCCUCAUUGGAAAAUGCCAAAUGUUGACAUCUCCCUGCCCAAAGGAAAGAUUGAAGGAACAGAUUUUGAAAUAAAGGGAGAUAAGGGACAGUUCAAGAUGCCUAAUGUGGACUUAUCUAUUCCUCAAGGAAAAGCAAAUAUUGACACACCAGAAGUGGAGGUGGAGGCAGAGGGAGGAACUAUCAAGCUGCCACAUAUCAAGAUGCCAAAAGUUGAUAUUUCACUGCCCAAAGGUAAAGGCAAAAAUAUUGAAGGACCUGCUAUAGAGAUGGAAGUCACAGGAGGAAAGAUCACAGGUCCAGAUGUUAAACUUCCAAAGGGGGGUGUGUCAGGUGACUUUCCAACCAUUGAGGCAGGACAGGAUGUAGAGGAUCAUGGUGAAGCUGGUUUGCAUGUUGAAGGAGAGCACAAAGGUCUAAAACUCAAGAUGCCAUCAAUAGGUAUCAAAGGUCCAAAAGGAGACCUGGAACUUGAUAUAGGACUUCAUCGAGGAGAUGGCAAGAAGGACAAGAAAAAAGUUGAACUACCUGACUUGGAUCUCAAUGCGUCAGGAACCAGUGGCAAAGUAAAAGGGCCUAAAGUCAAAGGAACAAAAUUCAAGAUUGGAAUGCCAAAAAAGAAGACUGGUAAAAAUGUGGAAGCAGAAGCAAAAACCUGUAAAAACUGUGGCGAUGAGUUAGGUGGUGAUGUCAAACACAAAUGCAAGGUUAAAGACAGAACUGAGUAUGAAGUUGAAGUGGAAACCCACAACGGACAUAAAGAGGACAAAGGCCAUAUUAAAAUUGCAGCACCAGUGGUUACAUUACCAAGUAUACAAGGCUCAGUCAGUGUUGGAACAGGGGCAGAGGGUGGCCCCUCGUCAUCCGGAGCAGAAGUCAAAGUCCCCAGGAUUCCUGACAUAGAAUUUGAUAUAGGUACAUCACAGGAUGAAGAUGAUGUCAUUACAGAAAAGGGCAAGAAAAUCAAAAUCCCCAAGUUUGGUGUCCCAUUACCCUCCAUCUCAUCUCCCGAAAGAAGAAUCUAUGGGCCAGAAAUACAGUACGAGGGCCCUAAAAUGCCCAAAGUAAAGAAAGCUGUUUUUGUUUUGGUAAAUCCUCCUGAAACAGAUGAGUCCACCGCAUGCACAGGUGUCCUCAAAGAGCAGGCAACAUCUGAGGUGGAAGCAGGGGACGUCAAAGUGAAGAUGCCUAAAAUCAAAAUGAAGCCAAGUUUUGGGAAGUCCAAAGAUAAAUCAGUUGCUGCACACACUGAGUCCGAGGGAGGGAAGAUGAAAAUGCCCCAAGUAUCGCUCUCCCCUGGCAAAUCAGGGUCGCCUGACAACAAAGGUUCAAGCUCAAGUCUCAAUGGUGAAAAUGAUGCAAGUCCUCAAAAGGUCUCCAAGGAAGAUAAAGGGACAUUCAGCGGUAAAAUCAAACUUCCAAAGGUGGAGCUCACCUCUCCAUACGGCAAGAUGGCUGCAGUGGAGGAGGAUACAGAAAUGAGAGUCCAACUGGGAAAGGAUUCGGCACCAGAAGAAGUUAGGAGAGAUGCCCAAGGGCCUCAACUGAAAUCAGGCAAGAUGACCUUCGCAGGUGUUAGUGAGGAGCACUCGGAGAAUGUGGUGUCAUCUCAUGCCAGAACAGAUAUGCUGGACAGGGACAGCUCAGAGUCCCCUGCUAGUUUCACCAUGGAGUUCAGCUCAGCAAAGGUCCAGGCUUGGAGCGAGGCUGAGAGCAAAAGUAGGGAGUCUGAAGAAAGAGAGUCUUCACCCUGGUUCAAGGUCCCCAAGUUCACCCUCAAGCCACACUCCACAGGCUUCCUCCAGAUAACCCCAGAGGGCUCUCCUCAGGCCCAGCGGAAGGGGGAGGUGGGAGGCGAGGUUGACGUCUCGGGGUCAUUCUGCCUUCACACCUCAGGGCUCGACUACGCCACACAGGAAUUGUCCGAAGAGCGCCAAGUCUCCUCCACCGAGGAGGGAACUGUCACCAUGGUGACCAAGACCACCAAAAUCACCCGGCAAAUGGUGACUACUGAAACGCGAACAGGUGAAUCUUCAACAACCACGGCAACGACUCACAAGCUGACGGACUUCAAGUACUGAGGAUGCUGUAAUGAUAUCUUAAUUGUCUUUUAAUUUUCUUUUUGUUUUUCCUUUGGUGAGGUUGCAGUGUUCUUGUAAGCUCAGCCUGCAACGUGGCGAACCUCGAUCGAGUAAAAGUCUUUAUUUUAUAUUUUAAUAGGUGAGGUAUGAAUGUGAUGAAACGCGAUGACAUUUCAUCAAUCAGCAUUAUUGUCAUUAUUACAGCGAACAGAGUAAUAUAUGCUUCCUUUUUUUUCAUUUUAAAUGUGACUAUUUUCUGUUAUUUUUUGAGUUUUGUUAGUUUAGUCCUACUUAUUUAUCAUAUGGUUUUCAAGGUUUCUCUCUGAAUGUAAACAUGUCAGAUUGCUUAAUUAUUUAUUGUUGUUUGUGUGUUUAAAACGGGCUGGAAUUAAUUAUUUACUCACACCAGCAUCAUGGAUUUGACCAUGAUUUUAAGAUGAGUUCAAAAUCAUUCUUUUUGAACCACUUCAGCACAGGCCAGAGUAAUAUUUAUGUAAAUACAACGAUAUGAUUGCUUUUUUGAAGCAGUAUCCCUUCAAUACAAAGUGUAAUUAUUUUCAUAUUCACCAGAGUCAGGAGGAGAAAUUAUAUUUUUUUGACCUGAUAACCUAUUUUGUUUGUCUUGACAGAAAAGUGUGAGCUUUUUGAGAUUAUAGGCGAUUCUCAUUUUCUGCCAUAGUUUUAUAUUUUAAGCAUUUAGCUGGUGCUGUUACCCAGAGAUAGUCACAGUGAGUGAGCAGGACACUCUGGGCUAUUUUUCUGCUGUGGGGAUCAAACCUGUGACCUUCUGCUUACAGGUUGCUCUCAAACACUUAGGUCACCCUGCUGCUAAAGUAUUUUAUAUUCAUGUUUUUACUGUAUACCGCCAGACACCGCUGUAUAUUUAGUGUCAAGAUCCACUGCAGGACUGAUGCUGAUUUUUUGAAACGUGAACUGUGUUGAGUUUCAAAACAUCAACGUUGAUCUGGAAGGAAAUUUGGGGAUUUAAGGGUGCUGUUGAGUGUUUUUUUUUUUGUUUUGUUUUGUUUUUUUGUUUUUUUUUACCAAAAUCAGUGCAAGGUCACACAAAAAACAGCUCUCUCAAAUUCUGUUACAAUAAGGCUGCUACAAUGACAGCCUGGCUAAGAGUGGCGGGCCUUGAUCGUGUACAAAAGCCAUCAUGUAACAAAAUAUGUCCUUUAAAGGCAGAAGAGAUCAACAAGAUGAGUAAAAGUCUUUAAUAAUCUGAUAUUCAUCUGUUUAGCAUAUUAAUAUGACAUACAGAAUAACUUUGGAUGUUAAAAUGUCAGAUUAUUAAAACCAUUUUAAGUGCCUUUACUCCUUAUUCUUAAAAGAAUGUAUCCUCUAUUUAAAGCAACAUUAUGUAGUAAUACACAUUUCAUGCAGUUUGGUGUCCCCCCACUGUUUCUGAGUGUACAACACAACACACAGUAUUUACAACACAACUGUUGUAAAUACAAAUACUAAUCCUAGUUUUGGGAUUUUCCAGAUGUGAUGUCACGUAACGUGUAUAACUUAACAAUGUUAAGUCUUAAAUUCUUGCAGUAUGUCUCGGAGUAAACAUGAAUCCUCAGGCUUUUUUUUAUUUUUUGCCAUCUAGAAGUCGAUGUUUGCACAACGGAGAAUAUAACUAGAACAAUACUACCUGGCUGUUACCUACCUGAUAAACUUCUGUUGAAAGUGGCUGACUUGACUUAUCAAAAAUAAGCAUGUUGACAGCAAGAGCAUCAAAACAAAGACAUGUAACUUAGCAAGCGAGACGUUAUCAGCGAGAUCUUAAAGCCUGUGCUUGUGUUUACUUUGACUGGUGCUGUUCCAACUUUCCGACACACACUCGGCGUGAAACGUGGUGUCAGUGACGUACAACACAAUGAAACUAUUCACCCUAUCACCAUUAAUUUAAAGCUGUUAUUUCACAGUUAAAUUCUUACAUAAUGUUGCUUUGAAGUAUAAAUUGCGUUGAAUUGAAUGGAGAGAAAAAAAAGUUGUGCUGCCUUUUAAAUAUUUAUUUUCAGUGCCAACCAUUUGAGAAAAGAAAAAAAAAAACAGCUGCUUUCUGGCGAUAAAUGAAAACUUACUUUUGAAAAACUAUUUUACAAUUUUAUGAACUUCUCAUAGCCAUUUAGAUAACAGUCUAAUGGGAUACAAUCAUAUGAUGAGCUAUUUUUUUCAAGUGGAUGAAAAGCAUUUAAGAAUGAAGUCUUUUUAUUUUACUUACUUUACUUUACUUGGCUGGUAGAUGGAAUGAAAUUGUGUGAUAAAAUGCAUGAAGAAAUCCUGACAAAUCCCACAUAUUUCAUUAACUUUUAACACAACAGCCCAUUUUUUCAGGGCUGGGGUGACAGUAGUGACACGUCAAGGUAACACACACUGAGUAGUAUCUAUGUGUACAGAGAUUUUUACCUUUCUGGUUUAAUCAAGUCCUCAAACUUCUUUUAGAUUACAAGGGUUUCAGUGCCAAGUGUUUUGUCAAAGCUGCAUUGCAGAGGAUGUUGGUUAAUUACGAUGUUACAUCAAUAAAAUGAUAUUCCCACAAAAA